AUGUCGCAAAGACCACCUUCACCAGCAAGCCAGAGCGUUGGCAGAGUUGCCCGUCAGAUUUACGCGUUCGACAUUUGGGAUCUCAAAAACUUAUGGGAUCCACUGCCUAGUCCUGUGUCCCCUUUCCCUGUCCAACACACCGUCCUAGGGAGCCUUUAUCAACACCAACGAACUGCAAUCAGUUCUUUCUCGGGAGCGGAACGAAAGGUACUGUUUCUUGGCCGGCAUGCUAUUGAAUUUUGGGAAUGUCUGUCUUUUAUCAAGGCCCAACAUGGAGAGGAGAGCAGUUGUCAAUUCUCAACAUUGCCUCUGACUUUUGCUAUUAGAGGCCCAGGACACCCCAUUACGCGUACACAUCUAUCUGCCAGCCUCAAAUUCUCGCCUCUAAAACACCACUUUCUCCGAAUCCUCGGCUCGAACUCCUCAGCCACAUCUUAUUCCAACACUCUCCCUAAUUCGCCUGCCAGAUGGUUGUAA